AUGGCCGGCGCCGCCCGGCGGGUCGACUACCUGGCGGCCUUCCGCUGCCCGGCCGGGGGCCUGGCCGCGGGCCGGCCACGCGUGCUGGGCGUCGGCGCCGAGGUCUUCUUGGCCACCGGGGGCGAGCUUGUCUACGUGUACGACCGGGAGGCCCGGCGUCCGAGCGCGGCGUACGCGUUCCCCGGGCAGGUGUGGCACGUGGAGCUGCUGGUGCCCCGCCGGGCGCUGUGCGUUCUGUGCGCGCGCAGCGGCCUCUUCUGCGUCCCCCUGGCCGCGCGGAGCAGGUCGGUGAGCCGGGCCGAGGAUGACAGCAAGGACAGUGAGCUUUCUCCCAGCGUGACCCCUGUGGGCCGUGAUGCCUGCGUCCUCCCUGAUGCCACACUGUGUGCUUUCACCUUGCUCGACAACAUGCUGGUCACCGUGGCGCAGGGCCCAGCUACGUGGAAGAUGCAGCUGUGGGAGCAGCCCUGGGCAGGCCUGGAGCCCAGGCCAGGGACCCAGAUUGGCGAGGUGGCAUUUCCUGCCAGUGCCCCACCAGCUGGGGGUCCCGGGGAGCCCCCAGCCACCUGCUUCCUCCCAGUGCUCUGCUGUGUAUCCCCACCCGACCCCAGGGCCUCACGUAGCCCUCUCGGGAGCCCCGGGAGCUUCUUGCUGCACGGGGCCCUCUUUGGUCUGCUCUUUGGAGCUGACGCCACACUCCUGGGGUCGCCUGUGGUUCUCUGCGGCUUCCCUGACGGCCAGCUCUGCUGUGUGGUCCUCAAGACCCUGGUCACCUCACGGACAGCCCCGGGGGACCCGAGAACCCUGGUCAGGCUGCUCCACCACCUGGAGGAGCCCGUCGUCCUCAUAGGAGCCUUGAGGAUGGAGCCGCAGCCCCAGGAGGGCAUGCAUUCCCAUGCCGACUGCCUGGUAGCCCUCGGCCACCACGGCCGGGUGCUGGCCAUCAAGGCCGGCCGGGACCAGGCCGGGAACCCGGUGCCGGAGCUUCAGGAGUCCCGGCUCCCAGGCCCCGUGCUGUGCGCUGCCUGGGGCAGGGACAGCCGCAUCUACCAUGGCACCCCGUCGGACCUCUGCGUGGUGGACCUGGCCCCAGGCGUUGUCUCCACAGACCCCAUGAAGCCCAGCCUUCCCCCACUGCUGUGUCCAGCCAGCCUGAGAGUGUGCGGCGUCACCGCCCUCUCCGUGUCACCCGGAGCUCCUGAGGAAGACACCGAGCUCCUGGCACUAUCUGCCAAGGGCCGUUUGCUGGCCUGCAGCCUAGCCCUAGACCCCACGGUGGCCUGCCCUGCCCGGAUGGAAGCAGCUCUCGCCAGCCGGAAGAUCCAAGAUCUACUGUCAGCUAUCAGCAAUGUCUCUGAGAGGGUGUCCUCCCUGAAGAAGGCAGUCGACCAGCGGAACCAGGCCCUGACGCGUCUCCACGAGGCCCUGGACGUGAGCUGCGCCCUGCUGUCCCACCAGCGAGGCCCCAGGCCCAUCGUGUGCAGCACCUCCACCGCCUGGAGCUGCCGGGGCCUGCAUGAGGAGCUCACGGCCACCUGCCGACUGCAGAACCGUAGCGGGUACAGCCUCGGCCCUGGAUGGACCUGGUGCCUCCAGGUGCUGGCCAGCUCCCACGCCUGCCAACUGGACGCGGCUGCGGCCAGCACCACGUACACUGUCCCCGUGCAGCAGCUGGCCCCCGGUGCCCAGCGCGAGGUGACGCUGUCCCUGGGCUCCAGUGAGGACGCCGGGGCCAAUCUGCCCACUACCAUCUCCUGUGCGCUCUCCUGUAGCCUCAGGGAGGUCAUGGGUGGGGCACGCUUGCCGCCAGACCUGCUGCCCACGCAGGAGGGCACAUGCCUGCCCCUGGGCGUGCACACCGUGGACCUGCUGCAGUGCCUCCGCUUCCCUGGCCUCGCCACACCCAACACGCAGGCGGCCCGUCGCGCCGUGUCUCCUGCCGACCCCGUGGACACCUUCCUGAGAGCCUGCCAAGAGCAGCGCAGUGAGCCAGGGGGAUCUGCUGCCCUUCGGGCCAAGUACCUGCCGCCAUCUGUGGCCUCUGUGCGGGUGUCAGCAGAGCUCCUGAGGGCUGCCCUGGAGGCCGUGCACGCAGGUGUGCCGCUGUGCUGUGCCACCCUCCAGUGGCUGCUGGCCAACAACGCCACCGUGGAUGUCGUGAGGGCCCAAGCGCUGACGUCUGUGCAGGGAGUGGCUCCCGACGGUGCUGAUGUCCGCCUCACCAUCCAUGAGGUCACUGUGCCAGACCUGGGCCCUACAGGCCCCAUCCAGGCUGUGGAGAUCCAGGUGGAAAGCACCUCCCUGGCCAAUGUGGGCCAGGCACACCAUGCAGUCAUCUGCCGGAUGCAGACGCUGGUGGAGCAGGCCGCCCAGGGCUCCAGGCCGCCAGACCUCCGCGUGCAGCGCCUCCGGCAGAUCCACGCCGACCACGAGGUGCUGCUGAGAGAGGUGCAGGCUCUGCGGGAGCGGCUACCCCUGGAGGACGAGGCCAGCGCCCGCGCCACUGCAAAACAGCUCCUGGAGGUGUACCGGCAGCUCCGAAGCCCCAGCCUGGUCUUGCUGUGA